AUGCAUCCCCGCAUUACCGUCCUCUGCUGCUUACCGUCAUAUCCCGUUCCACCCGCCUUUUCCCUUCUUCCCUUCCCUUCCUCUCCCGCUCCUGUCCCCCUUAUCCCGCUCCUCUCCCCCUUAUCCCGCUCCUUUCCCCCCCCUCUCCCGCUCCUUUCCCCCCCCUCUCCCGCUCCUUUCCCCCCCCUCUCCCGCUCCUUUCCCCCCCUCUCCCGCUCCUUUCCCCCCCCUCUCCCGCUCCUUUCCCCCCCUCUCCCGCUCCUUUCCCCCCCUCUCCCGCUCCUUUCCCCCCCCUCUCCCGCUCCUUUCCCCCCCCUCUCCCACUCCUUUCCCCCUUAUCCCGCUCCUUUCCCGUUCCAUCCGCCUUCUCCCUAUUGCCCCGUCUCCCCUUCCCCUCUCCCACUUCUAAUUGCCCUCUCCCCCUCCCCCCCCUCUCCGUCUCCUUUCCGCCGUCUCCCUCCCUCUCCUCCUGCUCCCCCCUCUUCAUGUGGUGCUGGGAUCCCCUGCAAAGCCCCUCCUAGAGUGCCCUGGAGCUGCUUGGGUGCCCUCCUAUCCUCCUGA